GGGCGGCAGCGCGGGGGCCGCCCCGUACCCGCCGCAGGCAGCCGGCGGCACCUCCCCCAGCGCCGCGGCCCCGGCCCGGCCCCCGCCAGCCGCCCGCACUGCUUCAGCGCAGCGCCGCGCGGGGGAACGGCGCUUAAGUGCCUCGGGCGCGGCGGCAACAAAGGCGGGCGGCGGCGCGGGGCGGCGGUAGGAGACAGACGGGACCGCGGCUACACAACUCGCUUAAAAUGAAGAUGGGAGCAUGAAGAAUUACGUGUAGAGCAUGGCAAUACUCUCCAUGGUGCUAUCUACUACAGAUUUUACCUGGCAAUCUGCUUCUGCCUGGACUGGUUUGACAGGAACCACUGUGGACAGCGAAGGAACCUGGAGAUGAAGGUCUUUCUUGAACUCUCCAGUGCAUCACACAGCUGUUGUGUUUUGGAACAUCCUGCCUAAAUCCUCGGAAGAAAAUCUGCUAACGGCCAAAAAUGACUUGAGGUGGAGAGCUGCUGCUGUAUCCACCAGGACCAGCUUCCUGCCCUGUGUUCAGUGUUCCAUUUGGAUGUACCAUACACUAUGGUUCACAUGAAUGUGUUGAAAAAAUUAAUGUGUGUUCUUGUGGUGAUACUGGUAGCGCUGACAAUUUGCCUGUGGAGAGAGACGAGAAGAAGCUACUAUGUUCCUUUCAAGACUGAGAUCGAUGAUUUACAGACUUCAGAAAAGUGGAACCCACGUAAAUCACAGGGCCUUUUCCGUGAAGCAGCCGGUGAACUGGGGGAGAUACCCAAAACGUGGCUUGGUAAUCACAACAAAGUAAAAGGCAGCAUCUCUGGAACAGCUGAGAAGUCCAAGAAAGUAACAGACUCUAUGAAGGUGUGGGAUAAGGACAGUUCAUCCAGAAAUCUCAUACCCAGGCUGCAGAAGGUCAGAAAAAACUACCUGUCCAUGAACAAGUACAAUGUGACUUACAAGGGGGACAUGAAUGCUGCUAAACUAAGCCCAGAGAAGCUGCUCUGCCAGCUACGAGACAGGGUGAACGUCACCAUGAUACAGGGAUCGGACGGUCCUUUUGGUACCUCUGAAUGGCAGCGAUACCUACCAGGGAAAAGCCUCAGUGAAACGGUGGGCCACCUGGGUCGCUGUGCUGUCGUGUCCUCAGCAGGGUCUCUGCGAUCAUCUCAUUUGGGACGAGAGAUAGACAGCCAUGAUGCCGUCUUGCGAUUCAACGGGGCUCCUAUCAGGGGGUUUCAAGAAGAUGUGGGGCAAAAGACAACCAUUCGUCUUGUGAACUCCCAGCUCGUAACUGUUGAGGAGCAGCAGUUCCUGGUAGAAGCACUAUAUAACACUGGAAUAUUAAUUGUCUGGGAUCCAGCACCAUAUCAUGCAGAAAUUCAUGAGUGGUACAAGAAACCAGACUACAACUUUUUUGAAAGCUAUAAGUUGUAUCGCAGCACACAUCCAGAGCAGCCUUUUUAUAUCCUGAAUCCAAAAAUGCAGUGGCAACUCUGGGACAUUCUGCAGGAGAAUUCCCUGGAGCAAAUCCAGCCUAAUCCACCGUCGUCAGGAAUGCUUGGCAUUGUGAUCAUGAUGACACUGUGUGAUGAAGUGGAUGUGUACGAGUUUCUCCCUUCCAAACGGCAGACUGACAUUUGCCACUAUUACCAGAAGUUUCACGACCGUGCCUGUACCAUGGGAGCUUACCACCCCCUCCUGUUUGAGAAAAACUUGGUGAAGCGUAUAAACCAGGGUACAGAUGAGGACAUCUAUAUCCAUGGGAAAGCUACUUUGCCCGGCUUCCGAAAUGUGCAUUGCUAGUGGAUCAGUUUUUAGUGUGAAAAACUGAAAAAGAAAAAGAUUCUUUUUCUUGACUGUCAAAGCACUUUUUAGAUCAGGGUUGUCAGAUUCGUUAGGUCUAAACACUGGUGUGUUUUGACAGCUUUUCCACGUUGCAACACUUGCUCUUAGGACUCCGUUGCCUAACUUCUCCCAGCUAUAAAGCAGCAUUAAUACAUUGCGGUACAUCCACGUGGUGUCUGCAUGAGCCACUGCAAUAAAUUUACUCCCAGUGGAGCCAGGCUCAUGCAGCAGGUGGAUAUCUGUGUCUUCAUGUCAACCCAUGGUGUAUGGGAGGCACAAGAGAUGCUUUCCAAGCAGAGAUUGCACAAGUCAGGAUAAAAUGUUGACUAUAGUUUGGUUUACUUCAAAGGGUUUAUGACAGCCAAAAACCUGGUCUAUUGAGAAACAAGAAAAAUAAUGUAAACCUUGUUCCCAUAGUCCUAGGAGCUCUUUGGAGCGGAGCUGAUAGGUGGAAACACUGUCAAAGCUGUGUACUGAGAGGCUAACCUCCUAGUACGAAAUAUUUGAUUUUACAAACAGUUUGUAAAGUAACUGUGGCAACUUCCUUUCAAAUUGUAAGACUUCCGAAAGCAAGAGGAAAAUAUUUGGCGAAGGAAAAGGGAGGCAAUUCACAAUUCGGUGAUUCCUGCAAGACUUUUAAAUCUUUUUAAUUUUUUUUUUUUUUUUUUAAAUUGCUUAAAAUAAAUUUCAGUUAACAUUAACUUCUCCAGUGCAGUGUUGUGCUUGGUACAGAAGAAGCCUUAUUUCAGAAACCUUUUGGGCAAGAUGCUCUGAGGCACCAAUGGGGGAACUCACUGAAAGUCAGUACCUCUUUCUAGCUCUCUGCUGGUCUGCCUUUGCAACUGUUGGUAACAGAAAUACCACAUAGCUGCUGCUAGGUGAGAUCCAGUGCUCUGCAAGCUAACCAAGGUGAUCUUUAGGCUGGUGUGUGCUUUUCCUGAAUAGCUGGGAAGCAGAUGCAUCGCUUCCAUGCUUCAUGAGCAGUGGGGAAGGAGAGCAUGCUCUGCUUCUCAUGCUGAAACACACAGAAUUGAGGAGGGCACCUUUUUUCUGGUUGAAGGGAUUCUCCCAUGGCAGCAUGAUGGAAGAAGUAGUAGCUCUGCAAUCUCUGUAUGUUGGUGAGAACACCUUCCCUGUCCUCUUCUGUACUGAUGUGUUUCUUGAUGUCUGUAAAGAAGGCUUUUCUUAAGUUUUGAAUAAAUCAUGUGAAGUCACUGGCCCAUUCUUUCC